AUGCCGUGCGCUCGUCAGCCGAUUACAAGGGACGCUAAUGAGGUUAUAUUGUGCAGACAGACAUUUAUCCGUCGAGUCUCGCUCUUUCUCCCCGCUCCACCGCUUUCCAGCGUAGCUUGCGUGCCCUGCGCCUCUCUGCUUCGCCCCUCGUCACCUCCCCCGCACGGUUGUUCUGUGGCUGGUUGGCAUCGGAUCGGGCUCGGUUGGCUGGACGGGUAUUGCCGGUGCCGGUGCUGCUGGCUGCAAGUCCUGUUGUUCGUCCCGCCGCUGCAGCGAGAGCUUAAAUAG